AUGGGUAGAGGACUGACAAAGCUACUCGAAAUCAGCCUCUUCAUCGGGGGGUUCCUUGUCAUAUGGUACGUUACAGGGGAAAAAAUAUUCAGAAAAAAAAAACAAAUAGUAAAAGAAAAUAUCCUUCUCAUUUUGAGACAUCUAUGCCUAGAAAUCUACAAAGUACUUAACGAAACAUCCAAGACAACCAAAAGUGUGUAUGACAUGAUAAAAAAUGAACCCAACACAAGCAUAGAAUUGAACAAGCUGGAAGAAGUGCUACUGAAUAAUGGAUAUAAGCAGAGGAUAGAAGACGUGGAGAAAGACGUGUUAAAGAAAUUUGAUGUAACUGUGGAGGAUUUUUAUGAGGAAUUGAAAAACUAUGAAAAAGAUGAAGACGUACAGAAAGCUCUAAAUUCCAUUAAAAAAAUGUAUCAUGAAUCGUUGCUAGGAAUACAACCAAAGUUACCCUCCAUAAAUGAAAACAUAUCGCAAGAUGUUAUUUUAAAUUUGACCAGCUUGAUUUAUAAAAAGAAGAGAAAAAUUUAUAAAGAAAAAAUUGAUUCUAUGAUUAAGAAAAAUCAGGACUUUAACUUAAACACGACCUUUUCAAAUUCAGACUUUUUCAACAAAUUGCAAAAAUCAACAGAACAUGUAGAAGAACAAGUCAUUAAGGAAAAUCAAAACUUAGUCCCCAAUUUAUUCACUUUUAAAUAUCUCGUGAACUACUACUCGGAUGAUAUCAACUUUGUACAGAGAAAAAAAUACCUUGAAUCGAAACAUGGAGAAAAAAUGAUUAAAAUUUUGAAAGUGAAAAAAAUUAAGAAAAAAAAAAAAAUCACGAAAGAUAACUUAAGUAACAAUAGCUUUAAGAGUACACCUAGUCAGAAUUCACUCACUGAUCAUACCAGCUCUGACAGGAACUGUUUUGUCACCCCACCCACUAAACAGGAUGACGUGGACAAUAAUGACCUGUUGUAUGGCGCGGGUAGUGAUAUCAGUGCUGGAAACAAUAAUAACGCUGCUGCCCCCUACCUAGAGAUGAUUCCCUCCUACCACCAUGUUAAGGGACUCUACAUGGGACAGGACCAGGGCCAGGACCAGGACCAGGACCAGGACCAUCACCCGGACCAUCACCAGGACCAUGACAAAUUCGAACCUACUGCUCCUCUAGACGAACACAUAAUCGAUUUUGAGCAGAGUGCACAAAACGUUGAGGAGGAGUUGAAGGAGAAGGGAGAAGAAGAAAAUGAAGAGGGGGGAGCACUACUGGGAGUAGUAACCCCCUCGGAUGAUGAAGUAAGCCCGGAAGGCUCCCCACUCUCGGCCCAAACGAAUGGCGGUCAUGCAAAUGAAGGGGGGGACGGCUGGAUUCACGGAGAACAUGGUCACGAAGAAGGGGUUGAUCUCAACGGAGAUUGCACAAAAAUUGAAAAGGAUGCAAAACAGGACGAUGCGGAAGUUGCGGAAGAUGCGGAAGAUGGAGUGGGUUACCCAGAUGGCGGAGCCAAAACGGAGGAACCAUCGGAAAUUAAGGAAAUCGAUCAGGUUGACACCCCGGAUUUGAAUGUCCAGCCGGAGGGGGAGGACGACAAGGCUUCGCCGGUCUGCCAGGAGGUGGACCCCUCUGCGCAGGUGGAGGAAGCGGAGCAGGAUAAUCAGGAGGCAGAGAAGAGUGUAGCUGAAGAGGGAGGCGCCGUCAACGAAGAACUCGCUCAGGAGGAGAAUGAGCCAACGAAUGGAGAGGCCGAUGAAGGAAAAAGAGAAGACGCGCCCCUCCCACAGCAGGAGGACGAGGGCGUCGCAGUCGAAAUGGUAGAAGCGGUGAAGGAGGAGCUACCAACGGAGGAACCCUCAAAGGAGGAGCAGCCAGCCGAAGAACCCUCAAAGGAGAAGUCACCAGCCGAGGAACCCUCAAAGGAGGAGCCGCUAGCCGAGGAACCCUCAAAGGAGGA